AUGGCAACCGAGAAGAAAGAGAAGAUGGAGGCUCAAAUCAAGUCCGUCGACAUGACGGAGGACAUGCAGCAAGAAGCUAUCGCCCUUGCGAUCGAGGCCAUGGAGAAGUAUCACAUUGAAAAGGAUAUUGCCCAGUACAUCAAGAAAGAAUUUGAUUCGCGAAAGGGCGCUACUUGGCAUUGUGUUGUCGGCCGCAACUUUGGAAGCUUCGUCACUCAUGAAACGAAGCAUUUUAUCUACUUCUAUCUCGGCCACUGCGCGAUUCUACUUUUCAAGACCCAAUAA